AAUGCUACCAUGGCGAGACCCUUAUCCACAGACUGGCCAGCCGUAUCUCGAACUGAAUCACCGAAUCCUCAGCGCAAAUAUUCUCGUCGUCGUUCACAACUAACUUUCGGCAAGUGGCGUGAGUUGACAAAGCGCGAGAGCAUCAUGCAAAAGUCUUUGGGUGAUAGGUAUAAGGAGAACCUAAAGCGAGUUGAGGGAGAUGUAUUUGCAUCCUUCUGCGUGCUUUACGUAAUGGCGCAUUUGAUCUUCGGAUUCUGGCUCUAUUUCGAUGUGAGUCUAUUGAGCUUGGUCUCCAAUCUCACCUUUGAAAAAUGA